UACAUUUUCAACUUGCGUGUGUCAAAGAUCAGUUCGAUUGCCGAUCGAUUGAGGAGCGUUCCGUUGAAGAUGGGGCUGAUGUCGCCCAGAAGCGUGAGCGCAAGUCGAAGUAAUUGUAUCAGCUUCACCCUGCUGCUGUUUGGUCUCAUCCUGUGCGUUCUGCCACACUUGGAAGCACUCGAAGAGGGCGAUCCAUGCACGCUGAAGGGCAAUCUGGCAGGUAUUUGCCAGGGGUCCUCCAAAUGCGUGCCGCGCAUCAAUAAGUACAUCGAAACGAAGAGAUUGACGCCCAGUGAUAUACCCAGCUGUGGCCUGAGCACCCGGGAGGAGAUCGUCUGCUGUCCUGUCGCCGAAUGCUGCGGAGAUGAUCAGCGGCAAGAGAGCACGUCGAGAUCUCCUCUUCCGCCCGCUCCCUCGCCCCGAACUGAUGUACCGCGGCCAGCUGUGCAAGCAUGUCGGGCGAUCGAAACACGUCAACUGGAGUACGGCUUAACCGAGCACAUCUUGGAUGGCAUUGCGGUGGACCCAGGCUAUUAUCCGCAUAUGGCAGCAAUAGCGUUUAGUGAGUUUGAUAACAUUGUAUUUGGUUGCGGUGGCUCGCUGAUCUCAACUCGGCAUGUCCUGACGGCGGCUCAUUGCGUCAACGAUCCGAAUAAAAUACCCCUAUUCGCGCGCCUUGGAACGGUGAAUAUUGAUAACGUGAGCGAACACCGUCAGGACAUUAACAUAACGACGAACAUCAACAUACAUCCGGAAUAUGUUAGCACCAGCAAGUACAAUGACAUCGCCAUACUGGAGCUGGCCGAGGAGGUCAGGCUGACCAAUCAUACAUAUCCGGCGUGCCUGGAAACGGAGCUAUUCGAUCCGCCAUCGAACGCGAGCAUCUUUGUGGCAGGCUGGGGCAUAAUGAAUACGACCACUCGCCGAACUUCGAAAAUAUUGCUGCGUGCCCCACUCACCGUGGUGCCGCUGGCCCAGUGCAACGAAAGCUUUGCCGCGCAGCCGCUCAGCCAACGAUAUCUGGACAAGGGCAUCAUCAAUACGCUGCUGUGUGCGGCGGAUUUAAUAAAGGGCACGAAGGAUGCCUGCCAGGGCGACUCCGGUGGCCCCUUGGUGCUGGAGCGCGACAAAGAGAACAAUAAAUACAGCGUCAUGGGUGUCAUAUCGUCGGGCUUUGGCUGUGCCACAAUCACGCCGGGCCUGUACACGCGUGUCGCAUCCUAUUUGGACUACAUCGAAGGCAUUGUGUGGCCAAAUGGGUUUGUAUGACAGUACUGAUAUCAAUGGAUCCUCAAUGUGUGUAUAAAAAUAAAUUCUAAGUAUAUCGAUUUUAAAUACAAAGCU